CUCCGGCAGGCGCGGAGGUAGCCGGGAAAGGCUAACUUGGUUACGCCCACGCCCGCGGCUGGUCGCUGUGGUGCAGUGCUGCAUGUUCAGGCAACGCUUCUGCGCUUCGCCACGGGCUCGUCCCUGCUUUCCAGUCUACGUUUCUUUCUCGAGGGAUUGUUGCCCUCCUUUGGCUUCGUGGUCUCUGCGGCUGGCGGUCUGGAAACUGCUGAAAGGAGCCGGAUCUCACCUCUGCGGGGGCAGGCGGGAGGCGGCGCGGAACCAGAGCAGAACGAUCUGAAGAGAUUUCCUGGAAACCACCCUUGCACUGUGCGGUGUUUGUUGAAAAAAUGUUUGGAAGAUUGACUUUUCCACAACUGCUUUUUGCUAGCAUCCUUGGAAUUGCUGGAGGAGUAUAUAUUUAUCAACCAAUAUUUGAACAGUAUUCCAGAGAUCAGAAGGAAUUAAAAGAAAAGUUGAAAUUGGUACAAGACUCAGAAGAGAAGAAAAGUUAA